CAUCGGUUCAGCCUGGAAAAAAAAAAGCAACCAGCUUGGAGAUCCUACACACAUAAAUCCAAUCAGGUCAAUGUCUGUAUCACCAAAAUGGUCAAGUGUAUGCAGUCCGACAAAAGAGAUGUUGUGGACGUGUGGCAAGUUUAUGGAGCUGUCAGUUGCAAGUGUGACGUAGAGGGAUCUGCACCAAGCGUAACUCUCAGUUUGAAUCUCCUGACCAAUGAUCCUCCGCUCCAAGAUACCGUGGUCCAUCGCUGCAUGACUUCCGUUGACCCUGCCAUGCUGAUGUCCCGCAGUGCUGAGCCGCUGGAUGAUGCUGUGUAUCACGGACCCUACACAUUUCCUUUCAUUCCUCCUUCAGAUUCAUUCGACUUGUGUUACUACACUUCCCAGGUUCCUGUUCCACCAAUUUUGGGAUGUUACUAACUCAUUGAAGAGGGAUCACAGUUAAAAAUAACAGUUAAUGUAAAGCUUCGUGAAAGCAUAAAGAAUUCUUUUGAGUACUGUGAAGCUCGUAUACCUUUUCUCAACAGGGGCCCAGUCACAUCAUUAGAGUACGAAGUUAGUUAUGGCCGGCUGGAUUUGUCACGAGAGAAGAGCCUACUGGUUUGGAUCAUCGGACAGAAGUUCCCUAAAUCUUUGGAAGUUUCCCUGACUGGAACCGUGUCUUUUGGCACUGCAGGCAAAAAGCACCCAACUGAGUAUGUUUGCACUGGGAACACUGCUUAUGUAAAAUUAAGUCGCAGUCUGAUGCCACAUUUCACACUUACUGGAUGUUAUGUAGUCCAGCAUCGUAUUCAGAUCUUUGCACGGGGAAAACCCAAAAUUACCACAUCUCAAGAACUGAUUUCUUCUGAUUACUACAUCUGGAAUUCCAAAAGCACCAGCACCUAG